GAGGAGAGAGAGAGAGAGAGAGAGAGAGAAAGCGAGCCCGAGAUUCGAGCGAGCCGGCUAACCUCAAUCCGACAUAACGAAAUGGCUUCAAUAAAUAAAAAUAAAAGAGGACUCUGGACAGAAGAACAAUUACAAAAUGCUGUGACGGCUGUUAAAGAAACUAAUCUUUCUGUAAAUCGUGCAUCGUUAGAAUACAAAAUUCCAAGAAGAACGUUGAGAAGAAUUUUAGCAGAAGAUGGAGAGAUAAAGAAAAAAGUAUUAGGACGUCCACCCGUCUUGAAUCAAAAGGAAGAACAGAAUUUGAAAAAUAGAAUUGUUCGACUCCAACAAGUGGGCUUUGGGUUAAAGCGUCAGGAUUUUAAAAAAUGUGUUUUUCAAUAUUGCGAAGAAAUGGGAAUUGAGCAUCCGUUUAAAAUAGAAAAAGAAGAAGCAGGGAAGGACUGGCUAAAAGGUUUUAUGAUGCGAAAUCCCGAUAUUGUUUUGAGAAGUUCAGAAAACUUGAGCUAUGGGAGACUCAUGCGAUUCAAUAAGGAAAUUGUAAGGGAUUUUUAUGAUCUGUUAGGACGUACAAUGGACGAAUUAGAUUUACACAACAAUCCACAAUUAAUUUACAAUGUGGAUGAAUCCGGUUUGCAACUUUCAUAUAGCAAUAAGUUCAAAGUAUUAGCACUCAAGGGAAGUAAACGAGUGCAUACUGCUACACAUGCUGAGAAAGGUGAAACCGUUACUGUAGUAGCCUGCACAAAUGCUACUGGAUCAAAUUGGAUUCCUCCAAUCAUACUGUAUAAGGGAGUUCAUAGAAAAUUAGAAUUUGGUGAUGGACUGCCACCUGGAAGUAAGUUUGCCAUGACACCAAAAGGAUACAUCACCAAAGAAGAAUUUUGUAACUUUCUUACUCAUUUCAAUCAACACCGCAUACCAGGAAAAUGUCUUCUGAUCCUUGAUGGCCAUCGCACUCAUCUUGAUUUUUCAGUAUUGGAGCAAGCACGAAACUACAAUAUAGAGAUUUUGUGCCUACCUGCCCAUUGUAGUCACGAGUUGCAACCGCUUGAUAAAAGUUGUUUUAAACCUUUAAAACAUUAUUGGAAUGAAGCUCUGGACAACUACCGUCGUUCUCACCCUGGAAGAUCUGUUUCCAAGUAUCAAUUUCCAGUACUUUUUAAUCAAGCGUGGAUGAAGACUUCAACUGCAAUUAAUGCAGUUUCGGGAUUCAGGGCAACUGGUAUUUUUCCUUACAACCCCAAUGCUAUUCCCAAUGUUGCAUUCGCUCCUAGUUCUAUUUCUGACAGGCCCCAGCAAGAAAAUUCAGAAAUAAACAAUGUUCCAGAGACGGAUGAGAAUACCUCAGGGUUAAUUGCAAGGCUCACCACGCCUACGCCCACGCCUCCACAUAGUGCCGAUACAUUUCAGACAUUGCUGCUAACACCCGACAUAAAGAGGAAAUCAACAACAUUGAGCAAACGAUCACUUAAUGUAAAGGCUAAGGUAGUCACAAAGUUAUUCGAUGAACUUCAGACUGAAAUAAUACAACCUGCUACUCCUGGAAGUUCUGGAACUCAGAAGAAGUUUAAAAAGAAGAAGAAGGGAGAACUUUACUGCGGAGAUUGUGGAGGCUAUUUUUAUGACAAAAAAAUGAAAGAAAGAAGUGUGAUUGGCUACAAUGUUGUAAAUGCUCUACAUGGUUCCAUGAAACAUGUGAUGGAGGAAAUAUUGCAGAAACUGGGCUCUGUUUAA